CUCUCCUACAGUCCUACAUUUUACAGAAAGAAGACUGCAUAACGGGCGAACGAAACCUCUCACCAAAGUAGAAGCCCUUUCCACCAAUGGCUGCAGUAGCAUCGACAGCUUUCCUGUGCAUACUGACGUCACUUCCUGCGUUGUACACCAUGAGUCUGGUCGCAAACGUCACAGCUGAUCACGCCGUGUCGUCAUCGUCAGCACCAGGUGUGGGAGGUCUGGAGAUGAGGAAGCUACGUCAGAUCGAGGCAGAGCUCGAGGUGUUGAGAAGAACUGUGACAGAACUCAAAGCUGGUGCUCAGUGUGGUUCACAAAGUCCACAGUCCAGCCCACAGUCAGAAGAACUCAAAGAGGUGACGGCCGAAAUACAGGGUCUCCGCUCGCAGUUUCGUGCUCUGCAGAUGCAAAGAGAAUUAUCUGCCCUUCGUUCCGAAAUUCUUCUCGCUCAGUCAGCCAUGUUACCCGACACCGGAAGUAGACGCUCCGCCAUGCCGGAAGACGAUGCCAGUCAGCCGGGCUCAGAGUCUGCUGGGAGAAGAGUGGAGGAUGGCAACGAACGACCCGGUGUUACCCGGAACAUUCCGUCCACCCUGAGCACAGGAGCUGUGUACGAGCACUGGGGCCACGAAGGAUGUCCUAAUAAUACGGAGCUUGUUUAUUCAGGUGUCAUCGGUGGCUCGAGUCACGGGCACACUGGAGCAGCCGCAAAUGCUCUCUGUCUACCUUUGAACCCUGUCUUAGAGAACAGUCCUGGCUUGAGUGCUAAUGCUGUUAUUUACGGAGCUGAGUUCGAGGUGCAACCUCUUCCCCAACAAGACAAUGACCCUCGCUGCGCCGUGUGCCGCGCUCCACGGACAUCAGUCGUGAUGCUGCCCGCAGCCAGCAGCUGCCACCCGGGAUGGACGCUGGAAUACUCCGGAUACAUCAUGGCCGGACACCACACGCAUCCCGCAGCCACAGAGUUCCUCUGUGUCGACAAGGAACAGCACAUGCGCAUUGGAUCCGACAAGAACGACAACGGCUUUCUCUUAUAUUACGUGACCGCUGUAUGCGGUAGCCUCCCUUGCCCGCCUUACGUAAGCGGGAAAGUGUUUCCCUGUGUCGUCUGCUCCAAGUGACAAUGGUAACGACCAAAACAUGCGUAACAGCUGGAGACGACUGAGUAAAAAAAAAUUUUUUCAAAAGUAUUCCUAGCUAUCGUUGAUUGUAGGAGAAGUUAUUGUAAAAAGGGAAGCAAGCAAGCAUUCAGUCAAACUUUGAAGAACAUUAAAAAUAAAAUGUAUUUCAAUAUAAACUAAAGAUAUUUCAUUAAAAACUGUAAUCAUGUAAUUUAAUUGUAAAUGAUCUUGUACUUCAUAGUUAUUUAUCCCGUAUUUUGAUUGCAUUUACUUCUAACGUAUUUUUAUUAGAAACUGUCAUGUAUCUCAUUCUUGCUAUGCUAGUCCUUCAUUUUAUUUUAAUAAAAAAAGAAUUCAGAUCAGCUUUAAUGAAGUUUAACUCUGCUCAUUAGUUAAUAAUUUAAUUUUUUAAUAAGUAAAAGAUAUAGAUAUACUUACUUUGUCAAAAUGAGUUCAAAAGCAGAAAAUUCAUAGUGAACAUCAAAUUUUUGAGUAGAUUGAUUGAUUUUUCCCUUUAAAAUUAUUUUUUCAGCAUCUGUGCGCCGGAGUCGAAACGUAAGCAAAUGUAUGACAUAAGAUUUGUAUCCGCUUCCUACAACCACUCUGCUGACAUUUUUGUUUCUCUGGGGCUGUAUUAGCAAGUUCAUUGUGUCGUACCUUUGAAGUAAAAUGAUUUUAUUUGUGUGAGUA